AUGUACGCCAACGUCCUCAACAAAGGCCUCUUCGCCUGCUGUCCCCCCUCCCUCACCCAUCCCGACGGCUCGCCCGUCAACAUCGAAGUCUCCGCUGUCGCUUGGAAUUCAAAGCGCCUCGUCUUUGGCAGCGACAAGCCCAUUCCCGGUGCCCAGCACUCGCCUGUCUUCUCUUACUACACGGCUGAGUUGAUCAAGAGUGGCGAGAAGUACGAGGAUUUUGCGCUUGCAGAGGGCGGACGCCAUAUGAUUGCGACGACGGGGUUUGAUCGCGUGUCGGACAGGGAUGGGCAGAAGGAUAGGUGGAAUAGGUUGCUGGUGUGGCCGUGUUCGGUGCCGGAGAGGGUGCAGUUGGUGGAGAAGUGUGUUCGGGACGGGGUGCCGAGUUCGGUGCAGCUGAGGGAGCAGUUUAGUGCCGUGCUUGGUGGGGCGCCGUAUUUCAAGGUCGAGGGGCUGGCUAGCGUUCCUGGGGUGGAGGGAAGUGGUGAUCCGUUGCUGCUGUUUGGCGUGCGUGAGGUUGGAAAGGAUCAUGAGAAUUUCCAGUAUGUGGCGAAGAUCGUGGGUGUGCCGUAUCGUAUUGGCCCGGAUGACUCGAUGACGUUGACUGGUGACUUCGAGGUGAUGUAUGAAUUCGAUCCAAUGCAGGCCAAGGAGGUGCGCUUCCAGGUCGGCCUGUCGAGUUUGGAGUGGGAUCCGAUGGGGCGGCGACUUCAUCUGCUGACCAGCUUCGAGGUGGAGGGUGAGAAUGGCGGGAACACUGUCGGCGCGUAUCUGUGGUCUUUGUCAUUGGAGGACCUCCACGCAGGGCGGAAGCCGCAGUUGAUCAUGGACAAGCAGAAGGGUUGUGCUUUUGAAUUCCAGAACAAGGCUGAGGGCAUUGCUGUUCUGCCUGGGGGCGUGCUGUUCAUUGCGUACGAUCCCGAUAGCAGUCUUGAGCUGCCUGACCAGACGAAGGAGAAGCGCCAGAAGAAUGAGGCGCCUUACACGUUACUAGAGUUGCUCGAGUAA